AGCAGGACGUCACCCCCUAAAUUUAAUCCGAAUGAAAAUGUGGAAUGAAAUCCGGGAAGGCGGGGGGCGGAGAUGAGAUCGGGAAGUGCCGUGACCCUCUCCGGCGAUCGACGAGCAGGUAGCUCCGACUCUCCGAUCUCGAGCUCGCGCUGUGGUUCUUAGCGCACCGUCAGCUCUCCGAGGUACUGGACUCUGUGGUUUUCCGGCGAGAAUCCGUGGUCUUCCAGCGGCAUUGUGGUUGCCGGUCGCCGGGCUCAGUGGGGUUUAGGCCCCCUCUCAACGGUCGGUGCUGCAUCCUCCGCUGGGUCCGGUGCAUUCUUCUCCUUUUUGGAGUAUUUUUAUGGUUUAGCUCUUGGGUUUUCGCUUUUCGAAGUACUAGUGCCACGUUCUGCUUCUUCUACUUCUUCUGUAAUCUUGUCUUGUCCCCAAAGGGCAAAGGCGUUCAUUUCUGCUCUUCUGGUUGUUCCAUUUUUUCCUCCCCUCUUGUUUCUCUGCUGACUGCUGUGGUUUGGAGAAAUCCGGGGUUUCUGAAGAACCUGAGUUGGAGUGACGAUUUUUGCGUCAGAGUGGGUGGUGCAUAGAGAGUUAACCGGAUUUUUGGCGAACUUGAACGGCAGGAGUGCCGGAGUCGGUGAUCGAGCUGAAAAGUGUCGUUCCUUUCCUCGGAUUUAUGAAUUUCGAGGGAAUUGGGGGUUUCGAAAGCGUCUGAGUGAGUGGGGGUGUGAGUUUUACGUGGGGAGUUGAGUACAGGAUAGACGUAGACUGUCGUGGUGUCUGUCAAUAGAAGGAAAGUAUAGGGGAAGGAGAAAGGGUGGGGGGCUUGAUUUUCAUGGACGAAAUGGAGGAGGCACGUGCGGAUCCGAUUCAACGCCUCCAAUCUUCCUUUGGGACCUCAUCUUCUUCGUUCCCGAAGCAGCAGGGAAGCAAAAUCGAGCUCCCGCAGUCUAUCAAUUCCCAGAUCCGAUCCCCACUGCAGCAUUUCCAGAGUCUUAAUCUCGACAGCAAGCGUCCUGGAAUUCCUCCAUCCCACCCGCAUUUGCCACCGACAUCUCCCUCCCCAAUCUCUUCUCGUCCUCCUAAUUCCCAUCCUUCUCAUAUGCAUUUCCCUGGUUCAGCCCCUGUACCAUCUCAUUCUCGAUCUUUGUCCCAGCCAGCAUUCUUCUCCCUCGACUCUUUACCGCCAUUGAGUCCAUCACCCUACCGGGACUCAUCUUCUUCAGUCUCGGACCCAAUCUCCGUUGAUAUCCCCAUGGAGGAUAGAGAUGUUGGUGGUCAACCGCAGAACCCGUCACCGCAACCUCUCGACCGUGGGAGUCGGACCCGUCCCACUGAUUCUCUUCCUCCCAGGAAGGCCCACAGGCGAUCCCAUAGCGAAAUCCCGUUUGCUUUCGCUGGAGGCUCACUGCCUUCGCCGACCUUUAUUCAGCAAAACUUCCUCGACAAAGUUGCUUCUCUAAAGGAGAAUUUUGGGCCUAAGGUCAAGCAAGAAUUUGAUUGGGACAGAAGCACUGCUCCGAACAUUGUAGAUAUGGGUGACAAAAAAUCUGAUAAGGAGGUUGCAGAUGAUUUGUUCUCUGCAUACAUGAAUUUGGACACAGUAGAGGCUUUGAGCAGCAGUGGAGUUUCUGAUAAGCAGGGUUCUCAAAAUCAUGACGAUUUGGAUAGUGGAACCAGUGGUACGAAAGCAAAUUGCUUUAAAGACGAUCUAAUAGACAGCAGUGAUGAUGCUGAGAGCAGUGUGAAUGAAACUAGUAAUGGUCUACAGUCCUUAAAUCCUUCCCUAUUGCUCGAGAAAGAGAAGAGAGAAGGCAGCAAAUCUAAUGCUGCUGCUCAUACCGUCAACUCACGCCAUUGUAGAAGCCUUUCAAUGGAUAGCUUCAUGGGGAGGAUGCCAAAUUUUUGUGAAGGUAGUCCUAAAUUGCCUCCUUCACCAGGGAAUGAGGGACCUCGACAUCCUCGCAGCAACUCUAUGAAUGGAGCAACUCCUUUUAGUUUGGAGUUUGGGAAUGGGGAGUUCAGUGGUGAUGAGCUGAAGAAGAUUAUGGCCAGUGAAAAGCUUGCGGAGAUCGCAAUGACUGAUCCCAAACGUGCUAAAAGGAUAUUGGCUAAUCGCCAAUCAGCUGCACGUUCAAAAGAAAGGAAGAUGCGCUAUAUUUCAGAGUUAGAACACAAGGUGCAAACCUUACAAACAGAAGCUACCACAUUAUCUGCACAGUUGACGUUGCUUCAGAGGGACUCUGCUGGGCUUACAAGCCAAAACAAUGAGCUGAAAUUUCGACUUCAAGCUAUGGAACAACAAGCUCAGCUACGAGAUGCUUUGAAUGAAGCACUCACAGAGGAGGUUCGACGGCUUAAAUUGGCUACUGCGCAGUUGGGGGAUGCACAGGUUGCAACUGUAGGUUUAUCCUCGGGUGUUCCAAAUACAUUAACUAGCCAACAACGUACCUGCUUAUGAGAUGUAACAACAAGAAGAUAUCACGAGAACCGAUGGCCAGAAAAAAGAGUGCAAAACUAAGGAAACCAAUAGUUAUAUUUAGAUGUAGUGUAUUGUGUCUGCUGCUGUAGUUCGUCUGCCAGCAAGUUGUAUGUUAUUUGUAACCCUCGGGAUAUCUUAUCUGAACAAAGGUUCACUGUUUUGAAAGGGUUUGUAUUGUUUUGGUUAAUGCCUUCGAGCCCAUGUUGCGAUUAUUGUGGUCAGUGGCUAUAGCAGAACGCAGAUGAUUAUUCUUAUACUUCGUUGUUUUUGUUGUCAUCUUCAAUUUUUUUCCUCUUUUCAUUUUUUGUAAGUUCAGUCUGAGAAGACGGUUCCAGUGUACAUUACAACACCUAUCUUCUUUUUUCCUGUUUGUGGUAUUGGAGCAAAGUAACAUUUAAUCGUAUUCA